AUGAUGCUGAUGAGCAGUACUUUGCCUAUAAAUCAGCCAAGUAAUUUGGCUUUACCAAAUGAAUUAGUGAAUACUGCUCGUCGCUCGGCUCUUGAUAGUUUGGAGCAAAAAAGACCUUGGAUAAACAGUUUCUACAGGAUUUACAUUGACGUUAUUGAGGGUAUAAUCUCUGGUCCUCGCGCUGGGCUUGGGAAGGAAGCUGAAGCAUUCCAAGGGCUUCUGCAUUCAGACACUUGCAAGAGCUCGGUCCAUAUUUUCUUUGCCCAACGCGGUUCUAGGCAUCAGCGAUCUAGGCUUGAAACCAAGGCGAAUCAACAAGGUAGCGAUACUUGGUGGAGGGCUUUUAUGGGUUCUGGAAUAGCAACGGCGUUGAUUCUUAGUAAUUACCCAGUUAUCCGGAAAGAUGUCAGUGACAAGUUCCUACAAGCUGGGAUUGAUAGAGUAAAAGCAAAUUUGAAAAGCCGUGUUAAGAAAGGGAACAUGAGUCAAGAGAAGUAUGUGAAAAAUCUUUCUUUACUCAAGGUUCCCUUGACUACAAAAGCUUUAGAGAUGUGGACAUGGUCACAGAGGUAA